AUGAAAGUGAAGUGGUUUCACCAGUUGACAGUUUGGUGCUUGGUAUUCAUUUGGGUAGAGUGUACAGUUCCCUGGAAUGUGUUCACACCGGUGCUUGAGACGACUCAAGGCAAGAUCAGGGGCUUGCGGAGCGUCUCCGGCCAGAACCGUUAUUAUGGUAUACCAUACGCGAUCAGCGAGAGAUUUCAGGCUCCGAAAGAGCCGCGCAAAUGGGAAGGCGUGUUCGACGCGGUAGAUAGAUUCCGCAGCUGCCCUCAGAUGCUGUUCUCCUUCGUGAUCGGCACCGAAGACUGCCUCGUCCUCGACGUGUACAGUCCUGAAUAUGCCAAACCAACCGACAGACUCCCAGUGAUGGUGUUCAUACAUGGUGGAGCUUAUUACUACGGCACUAAAGCUCAUUAUGACCCGGAAUAUCUAGUCACCAAGAAUGUUAUUGUUGUCGUUAUAAAUUACAGACUGAAUGUGCUUGGAUUUCUAUGUGUUAAUGGAAUAUCUAACUUAGGAUUGAGAGACCAAGUGGCUGCUUUGAUGUGGGUUAAAAAUAACAUAGCAUCGUUCGGUGGUGAUCCAGAUAACGUGACUCUAUGCGGGCAGAGUGCAGGCGCUAGUGCUGUUACUAUGCACAUGAUAACCCAGUUUAGUAAGGGACUGUUUCACAAAGUGAUUGCUAUGAGCGGAUCGCUAUUUACCCCUUGGGCAUUCAAUUUAGAACCUUUAGGGCCUGCUUUAAAAGACGCGCGGAAAAUUGCACCGGCCAAUACAGAACAGGACGUUUAUAAAAUCUUUAUGAAUUCUCGUGUUGAUGAUCUCAUUCGUGCGACACAAGAUACUUCGGUGAAUCCGAAAUAUUUUAAAUAUUCACCAUGUAUCGAUUCUAAUACCUCGGAUCCAUUCUUUCAUGAUACGCCGUAUAAUAUUUUCAAGAGAGGCGAAUUUAACAAAGUGCCAAUGAUGAUCGGUCACGCCGAAGUUGAAGGAAUACUCUUUUACGGAUUAACAGAUAACGAAUUUGUAGGAAAACUGAAUGAGGAGUUUUACGAGAGGCUGCCAUCUAUAUUUUCUUGGUGCUCAGAAAAUAACAAAAGAAAUAUCAGUGCAAUAUUACGUUCACACUACUUUGGAGAGAGAAGAAUAACCAAAGAUUUUGUAACGGGUCUCGUGCAGUAUUAUUCAGAUUGGAUAAUACACGGCACGCACAACGAAUUCCUAAAGCUUUUAACUACUUUAUCAGAUAAACCGGUGUACAAUUAUAUCUUUUCUUACCAAGGCUACAGAAAUUUUGCGAAGUUAAUAUCGGGUGUGCGAAUGAAAGAAACGACGCAUUCCGAUGACGUGUUCUACGUGUUCAAGCCGGCCGGGCUGCCAUUGUUGCUGUCGAGGGCAGAUAGGACAUUCAUCGACAGACUGACUCUCAUGAUCACGAACUUCAUGAAGUUUGGCGACCCUACUCCAUCACCAAGCGCACAAUUACCGAUACGGUGGCCGCGUUCAAACGCGUCAAUUGCGUUAAGAUUGGCAGAAACGUUGCAAGUGGUAUCGUCCAGCUGCGGCAGCGAAGAGUUCCGGGAUGUGCUCUGCACGUAUGGACGCGCAGGGCACGUACCUUGCGAAAGUGCCGCGCUGUGUGACCCAGCUUGA